GGUGGGCGCCCGACGUGAUCUGGGUGGGGCUGGCGUUCUUCUACGGCGGGCUGGCGCAGCUGCUGGCGGGCAUGUGGGAGUUCAAGAAGAACAACACGUUCGGUGCCACCGCAUUCUCCACCUAUGGCGCCUUCUGGAUGGGCCUCGGCUUCUUCGUGCUGCUCAAGCUCCUCGGCUAUGUGAAGCUGGAGGCGGCGGACAUCUCGGAGGCACUGGGGUGGUUCCUGUCGGGCUUCUUCAUCUUCAACAGCUACAUGACCAUCUGCGCGCUCAUGGCGUCGCAGGCCGUGCUGCUCGUCUUCGUGCUGCUCGAGCUCACACUGCUCUGCCUCUUCAUCGGCAACUUCAAGGGCCAGAAGCCCGGCGACAGCGGCUCCUGGAUCACCGCCGGCGGCUACCUCGGAAUUUUCACGGCCGCCGCAGCGUGGUACGCGUCGGGCGCGUCGUGCUUCAACGCCAUGGCGCGUCGCAACGUGCUCUACACGGGCAAGCCGCUCCUCUCCUUCCGCAACCCCGCCACCCGCGACGACACCAACGCCGCCGAGCCCUAG